GGCUGCGCUCGGUGUCUCUCGGGCCGGUUCGGCUCCGCUCGGUGUCUCUCGGGCCGGUUCGGCUCCGGUUCGGCUCCGCUCGGCUCCGCUCGGCUCCGCUCGGGCCGGCAGGUGACGUGAGGGGCCCCCCCUUGGCCCCGCCCUCCAUGGCCCGGCCCCGCCCCCCCCUCCCCCCCCCCGGGCCCCUCUGACCCCCCAAAGUCGGGAGACCCCAAAGGCCAUGUCCGGGGACUACGAGGAGGACGUUUGCCGCAGCGCGCCGCGCCUGGUGCACGAGCUCUGCUUCGCCGCCCGCGCCCGCCCGCCCCACGCCCGCUGCCUCGAGUUCACCGAGCUGCGGCACCGCGGGCACCCCCGGCCGGCCGAUACAGAGGUGUCGGUGUCGCUGCUCUCCGUCAUCGUCACCUUCUGCGGCCUGGUGCUGCUCGGCGUCUCGCUCUUCGUCUCCUGGAAGCUCUGCUGGGUCCCCUGGCGCCACAAGGGGGGUCCCGGGGGGGCCCCCCCGAGGAAGGACCCCCCCCAAGGCCCGGGGGGGGCGGGGGGCGGGGCUCCGGGCCCUUUCGGGGACCCCCUCCCCGACCCCCCGAGCGAGCCCCCCCCCGAGCGCUGCUACCUGGACAUGGGGCCCUGCCCGGACAUCGGCGCUGGGGGCGGGGCCCGCGGCUUGGCCCCGCCCCUCGCCCCGCCCCUGCCCCUCCCCGCCUCGGGACCCGCCCAGGCACCCCCCGAAUUCGGGGGGGACGGUGGGGGAGGGGCGGGGGGGCUGCCCGGGGUCCCCUCGCAGCAGCUCGGGGGGGGGAUGGGCGGCAGCUCGUCGCUGCCCCCGGUCCCCGAGGAGCCCCCUGCCCACCUGGGCCAGAUCCAGCCCGAGCUCUACGGCCCCGCCGGUGACCCCGAGCCGGGCGGUGCCCGCGGCGGUGGCCCCGGUGGUGGCCCCGGUGGUGGCCCCGGUGUCCCCGCGUCCCCUCCGUGCGGCCGCCUCCAGGUGUCCCUGCGCUACUCGUACGGCUCCCAGCAGCUCCUGGUGCGCGUCCUGCGCGCCCGCGACCUGCCGGCCAAGGACUCCAACGGCUUCUCGGACCCUUACGUGAAGAUCUACCUGCUGCCCGACCGCAAGAAGAAGUUCCAGACCAAGGUGCUGAGGAGGACGCUGAACCCCGAGUGGGACGAGACCUUCAGCUUCGGGGUGCCCUUCGCCGAGCUGCCGGCGCGGCGGCUGCACUUCAGCGUCAACGACUUCGACCGCUUCUCGCGGCACGACCUCAUCGGGCAGGUGGUGAUGGACAACCUGGAUGGGCGGGUACCCCCGAGGGUGGCCAUCUGGAGGGACAUCCAGGAGGGGACGGGGGAGAAGGCUGACCUGGGCGAGGUGAAUUUCUCUGUUACCUGUGAAUUUCUCUGUUACCUGUCCCUGUCCUCUCACCUGUCCCUCACCGGUGUGUCACAGGUGGGAUAUGGGGCCAUGAACCUGACUGGAUACUCAGACCCCUACGUGAAGGCCUCGCUGAUGGCCGAGGGCCGGCGGCUGAAGAAGCGCAAGACGUCCAUCAAGAAGAACACGCUGAACCCCAACUACAACGAGGCGCUGGUGUUCGACGUGCCCCACGAGAGCGUGCACCACGUCAGCCUCACCAUCGCCGUCGUCGACUACGACUGCAUCGGGCACAACGAGGUGAUCGGGCUGUGCCGCGUGGGCAGCGACGCCGACGGCCCCGGCCGUGAGCACUGGGCGCAGAUGUUGGCGAACCCCCGCAAGCCCAUCGAGCACUGGCACACCCUGGUGGAGGAGAAGGCUCUGACCAAGGCGGCGGGGCCCGCUGGGACAAACGGGGCCUGGGAGGCCCUGGGCCCGCACUGCCCCGCCCCCUCCCGAAGAGCCGAGCGGAGCCGAACGGAGCCGACCCGAGCCCGAGCGGAGCCGAACGGAGCCGAACCCGAGGGCGGGCAGAGCCGAGCGGAGCCGAACCCGAGCCCGAGCGGAGCCGAACGGAGCCGAACCCGAGCCCGAGCGGAGCCGAACGGAGCCGAACCCGAGGGCGGGCAGAGCCGAGCGGAGCCGAACCCGAGCCCGAGCGGAGCCGAACGGAGCCGAACGGAGCCGAACCCGAGGGCGGGCAGAGCCGAACGGAGCCGAACCCGAGCCCGAGCGGAGCCGAACGGAGCCGAACGGAGCCGAACCCGAGGCCGGACACCUCCGAGCGCGGCCGAACCGGGGCCGGGCGCAUCCGAACCGUUCCGAACGCAUCCGAACGCCGCCGAAGCGGUGCCGAACACCACCGAAGCCGAGCCGAACCCUCCCGAACCCUCCCGAAGCCGAGCCGAGCGGAGCCGAGCGCGGGCGGGGGCGCGGGGCCCCGGCGGCCGCUGGAGCGAUGCUGAGGCCCGGCCCGGUGAGUGGGGACCCCCCCAGUACGGACCAGUGACCCCCAUCCCCCCCUCCCAGUACGGACCAGUGACCCCCAUCCCCCCCUCCCAGUCACCCCCAUCCCCCCCUCCCAGUCCGGACCAGUAA